GAAAAAUCACAACGUACCCCAUCGAUCGCUAUGGCAUGGUGCACGAAGAACAUCGGCAAAGGACUGUUGGCAGCCACCAAGGUGUUGAUAUGCUUGUGCCUGGUGACGAUGCUUGUCUUGUCAUCUGAAGAGAUGAAAUCGGAUGCCUGUGAUAAAGAUUGGAGCCUGACAUGGGACAACAGUUCAUGUAUCCUUCGCGGCACCUGCAACAAGCCCUGCAGAAGGGAGAACUUUGAGCGCGGCAUCUGCAAAAAACUCUUUCAUUGCAUGUGCUACAGACACUGCAACACUGAAUCUAUCUAGCCAUAUAUGUGCCAUUUUCUUGCAUGCUCGAUCAAAGCUAUUGCUAUGAGUUCAUGCAUUAUGAAUGAAAUAAGUUAAUUAAUUUUAGCCGCUCUGCC